GUCCGAGCGGGGCGGGGGUCAGUUGGGGGCCAGUGCUGGGUCCCGGGCCGAGGUCUGGAGAUCGGCGGCGCGCUGGGACCGAGAGCCCGGGCAGGCAGGGCUGCUCGUUGCCUCUCGUUCGCCGCGACAGGCGUCAACGGAGCCCGCGGGGAGAGGAGGCGCGGCCCGGUGGGAAGGGCUCUCGGCUGGGCCCCCGCCCGCGCUCAAACGGCGCGAUGCUCUUUUCGCUCCGGGAGCUGGUGCAGUGGCUGGGCUUCGCCACCUUCGAGAUCUUCGUACACCUGCUGGCCCUGUUGGUGUUCUCCGUGCUGCUGGCACUGCGUGUGGACGGCCUGGCCCCCGGCCUCUCCUGGUGGAACGUGUUCGUGCCCUUCUUCGCCGCUGACGGGCUCAGCACCUACUUCACUACCAUCGUGUCCGUACGCCUCUUCCAGGACGGAGAGAAGCGGCUGGCCGUGCUCCGCCUCUUCUGGAUCCUCACGGUUCUUAGCCUCAAGUUCGUUUUCGAAAUGUUGUUGUGCCAGAAGUUGGUGGAGCAGACUCGGGAGCUCUGGUUCGGCCUGAUCACGUCUCCAGUCUUCAUUCUCCUGCAGUUGCUCAUGAUCCGUGCCUGCCGGGUCAACUAAUCUCGCGGAGUGGCCGGAGAGGGAGCUCUCCAGAGCGAGAAUGCUGGACCCCAAGCUGAGGACCACCCCCUGGAAGACUGAGGAGCCAGCCUUCCGCCGCAGCGGGGGGGGGGGGGUAGUAUGGGUCUGGAAGCAACGCCAGCCUAUGCCCUGCAGAGUGCCCAGUUUUCUCUAUGUCAUUCAUGCCUGAAACUGUUUUCUCAGCAGGCAUGAAAAGAUGUAUUUUCUGUUAUUUUAUCCUUUGAAUAGCUAAUCCUGAAUGGAAAUCUUGAGAAGGGCUGCAGGGCAGAUAGUCCUGAACUCCUCUGACAGCUGGAAAUUGAGUAUAAGUAAAAUGUCCUAAUGUGCUCUGAGUAUUUUCAUGGACCCUGGGGAAGCACCCUUGUGCAAAGACUGCGGAGACAGCCAGCAUCGCUGACCUAAGGGCCUACUGUCCCAUUCACCCAGACAAGACUUCUUAGGUAUUUGGGCUCUAAAAAGUAAAAGCCAGCUUGCUAUCUCCUCCCCUGUGCCACUGGGGACAGGGUGGCCCUUCCGUCAUUCCAGCCAGGGCAGACAGAACUGUGUUGAGUAAGCAUGAUCAGGGCCCUGUCUGGUGAUCUGUCACCUGAGAAAAGAACUUUGCUUUUAAAGGCUCUGCUUGACUUCCUGUCCCAGCUGAUCACAGUUUCUCGACUCUGCCACCACCUUGUGGCCAGCAGCAUUAGCGCACCUGAGUCCCACUGAGGCCUCCCUGAGGGACGGAGAGAGGAACAGGUGUUCUGAUGCCCACAGGCGUGGAGACCUGCAAGUGGGAGGUUUGCGAGUGGCCGAAGCCCACAUGUGUCAGCUUGAGGGCUUUGGUUUGAUACCAGUCAGGUGCCAAGUGAGAAUAUUUGCUGAGGUUAAAAUAAAAUAAGAGAAUGUUUUGCUGAA